AUGGUGGACGCGGGCCGCCCGGCCGGGGACGGCUGGAGGAGGAUGGAGGCCGCGCCCGACGGCGCCGCGGACAUCGUGCCGCUGGACCGCUACGACCCGGCGCGCGCCAAGAUCGCCGCCAGCCUGCAGUGGAUCUGCGCCAAGGCCUACGGCCGAGAUAACAUCCCCGAGGACCUCAGGGACCCCUUUUACAUCGACCAGUAUGAGCAGGAGCACAUCAAACCGCCUGUCAUCAAGCUCCUGUUGUCCAGUGAGCUGUACUGCCGAGUCUGUAGCCUCAUCCUGGAAGGGGACCAGGCAGCCGCCUUACAGGGACACCAGUCUGUCAUCCAGGCCCUGUCCCGGAAAGGGAUUUACGUGAUGGAGAGCGAUGACACCCCCGUGACGGACCCUGACCUCAGCCACGCGCCCAUAAAGAUGAGUGCCCACAUGGCGAUGGUGGACGCCCUCAUGAUGGCCUACACUGUGGAGAUGAUCAGCAUCGAGAAGGUGGUGGCCAGUGUCAAGCGCUUCUCAACAUUCAGCGCCUCAAAAGAGCUUCCAUACGACCUUGAGGACGCCAUGGUGUUCUGGGUCAACAAGGUGAACCUUAAAAUGAGAGAGAUCACAGAGAAAGAAGUGAGGCUGAAGCAGCAGCUGCUGGAGAGUCCAGCUCAUCAGAAGGUGCGCUACCGCCGAGAACACCUGUCCUCGAGGCAGCCGCCCUACUUCCCUCUGCUGGAGGAUCUGAUGAGAGACGGCAGUGACGGGGCUGCUCUCCUGGCCGUGGUGCAUUACUACUGCCCCGAGCAGAUGAGACUAGACGACAUAUGCUUGAAGGAGGUGCCGUCGAUGGCCGACAGCCUCUACAACAUCCGGCUUCUGCGAGAGUUCUCGAACGAGUACCUGAACAAGUGCUUUUACCUCACCUUGGAAGACAUGCUGUACGCGCCCUUAGUGUUGAAGCCCAACGUCAUGGUCUUCAUUGCCGAGCUCUUCUGGUGGUUUGAGAACGUCAGACCAGAUUUCGUCCAACCCAGGGACGUUCAGGAGCUGAAAGAUGCAAAGACAGUGCCACCCCAGAAAGGCAGUCGGCCCCGUGUCCCCAUCUCCAAUGCCACCAAGCGCAGCUUCCUGGGUGGCCCCUCGGUAGUGGGCCCGGCCGAGCUGCAGCCCCCCACCCCGCUGUUGGCCGAGGGAUGUCCCCGGUACCAUCUGCACCCCGAGGAGCCGGAACAUUUGGGGAAAGGAGCUUCUGCCUUCAGCCCAUCGCACCCCCUGCUGCCCCUGCGGCAGCGACAGCAGAGGCCGGUGCCAGGAGAGGACCCCCCAGGGUUUCCAGUGACACAAAUGGGUUCCUUCCCGCUGAGCACUGACUGCUUCUCGCGCCCUGCAGAUCAGCGGCAUCGGUCCAGCUCCUUGACCCGAGUGGACGGGCAGCCCCGGGGAGCAGGAGCAGCAUGGCCAGAAAAGAAAGACAGGCCGGCAUCUCAGCCAGCGCCCUUUGCUCUGCAUCACACUGGGAGCGGCGACGUGGACCCCGGCUCCAGCGACAGCGUCAGCUUGGCCCGCUCCAUCAGCAAGGACAGUCUGGCAUCCAAUGUCAUCACCCUGACCCCACAAAACCAGCCCCACCCCACCGCCCUGAGGGCCAAUGGGAAAAGCCUCCUGAACAAUGUCAACAUUGAGGAUGAGGACGAAGAGCUUGUGGCCAUUAUCAGGACGGAUGGGGCUCCCCACGGCGGUAGCCUGGGCCCGACAUUCAGCGCCAGGUCUCCGCAGAGCCUAGCGAGCACCUUAGGAAGCAGGCCUGACAGUUUCUUCUUGGAGCCGUUGCUGCCGGCGCUGCUCCGGCCUGCCAAGGAGGAGCAGGCGGUCGCCAAGGAGGACGAGUGUGGGGAAGGGCGGCCGAGGGGUCGCACAGCCAGGAGGCCGGGCGAGGGCCACCUGCCUCUGGGGCGGAGGGAGGCACCUGGCCGCCACAUCGGUCGAGACUUAAACAGGACUUUCACCCCAGUCUCCUGCUCAGAGCUGAGCACUGAGGGGGCGCCACAGGCCGGGGAGGCCCUCGGCGAGCCUCUGGCCAGCGGUAGUUUUGAUCCGUUAUCUCAGGGACAGUCUGCCGACGGCUUCUUUCUUCACGUGGCCAGAGCGAACGAGGACACGGAAGGCAGGCUCUACGUCAGCCAUGUGAGAAGCCCUCGCACCCACGACACAGAGCCCUGGACGGUCCUGCGGCAGGACUCGGACUCGGAUGUCGCAGACCUGGAGGAGGCUGAGCAGGAUUUCAUGGGUGAGGACCACCCUGUGCUGAUGGCGAAGUACAUGGGUGAGGAGGAGUCAGCAAAGCUGCGGGAGGACAUGCAGGUGAAGGAGCACGAGGACAAGGAUGGUGCCAGCGGCCGCUCCAGCCCCUGCCUGAGCACCGUCUCCCAGACCAGCAGCCUCUCCAUGGCGAGUGGGAGCGCGAAGAUGACCAGCUUCGCGGAGAGGAAGCUCCAGCGGCUCAACAGCUGUGAGAACAAGUCCAGCACGAGCAGCUCCCAGAAGACCACGCCUGACGCCUCGGAGAGCUGCCCUGCCCCGCUGACCACCUGGAGGCAGAGGCGCGAGCCGAGCCCCGGCAGGCAGGGCAGCGACCAUGCCCGCCUCCUGGCCUCUGAGCUGGCGCAGCUGCACAUGCAGCUGGAGGAGAAGCGCAGGGCCAUCGAGGCCCAGAAGAAGAAGGUGGAGGCACUGUCUGCCCGGCAGCGCCUGAAGCUGGGCAAGGCGGCCUUCCUGCACGUGGUGAAGAAGGGCAAGGCCGAGGCCGUCCCCCAGCCCCUGAAGCUGGAGCACUUGGCUCGGGAGUGCUCGCAGCAGGAGGGCGACCUGGACGGUGCUGUGACCAAGCCAGAAGAGCUCGUAGUGAGGGAGCAGGGCGGGGGAGACACCGGGGAGGGUCAGGACGUGGACAGAGAGGGCCUGGCCCUGCUGCCGCGGCACAGGCAGAAGGAGCCUGCCGCCCUGCAGGAGCUGGAGAAGAGCAAAGCACUGUCUGCAGCUCUCCUGGAGGCUGCUGGGGACGGGGCAGACCUGGGCGAGGGCGACCUCUCCAUCGAGAAGCUCAACGAGACCAUCAGCACGCUGCAGCAGGCCAUCCUGAAGAUCUCUCAGCAGCAGGAGCAGCUGCUCAUGAAGUCCCCUGCAGCUCCCACACCAGGCUCCAGAAAUAAUGCCCAGGACUCAAAGGUCAAGGCGUCCAUCCACUUUGUGGAGCCGCUCUCGCCCACUGGGAUGACCGGUCACCGCAAACCUCCCCGUCUUGGGCAGGGUCGGAACUCCCGGUCAGGAAGACCUGCAGAGCUGAAGGUUACGAAGGACAGGCAGCAGGGCUCCAGGAGUAAGACCCCAACACCCAGUGCAGAGGCCCUCCUGCACUCACGGCCUUUCCCGCCUCGGACGCCCUCUGACCUGGGCUGGGACGGUGUCACGGACCCUGGGAGUGACCCUCACGAGAAGUGCUUCUUUGACAGUUACCGGCUCCAUGAGGGGAGCAACCAGCGGGCCUUUGUCCUGUCCUCGUCCAAAGAUGCAAACAUUCUGUCAGAACAAAUGAGCCUCAAAGAAGUCCUGGACGUGGGUGUGAAGGAGGGAGUGCUCAGUGCCCCUGCCGUCUCGGGGAAGGAGGAGGGCCCCGAAGAUGGGCCCCCACGGAGCAGAGUCAGCCUCAUCGAGGUGGACCUGUCAGACCUGAAGGCCCCCGAGGAGGCGGGGCAGACGGAGGAAGGCCACGAGAGCUCCGUGGGUGUCAGCAGUGAGGGCGACCAGAAGUCGGGGGUCGGCUUCUUCUUCAAGGAUGAGCAGAAGGCGGAGGACGAGCUCGCCAAGAAGCGGGCAGCCUUCCUCCUGAAGCAGCAGCGCAAGGCCGAGGAGGCCCGUGUGCGGAAGCAGCAGCUGGAGGCAGAAGUUGAGCUCAAGAGGGACGAGGCCCGGCGCAAAGCCGAGGAAGACCGGAUACGGAAGGAGGAGGAGAAGGCACGGCGAGAACUCAUCAAGCAGGAAUACCUGCGCAGGAAGCAGCAGCAGAUUCUAGAGGAGCAGGGACUAGGCAACUCGAGAUCGAAGCCCAGAAAGCCGCGGCCAAAGUCAGUCCACCGGGAGGAGCCCCGUAACGACUUAGGAGCCAAGUGCCCAGCCUCUGAUGACCUGAGCCGGGCCCAGUCGGGCUCCAGCCUGUCCUUGGCCUCUGCAGCGACGACCGAGCCUGAGAGCGUCCAUUCAGGGGGCACGCCCACCCAGCGAGUUGAGUCCCUGGAAGCCUUGCCCACCCUGAGCCGCAACCCCAGCAGAAGCACAGACAGGGACUGGGAAACGGCGUCCGCGGCGUCCUCUCUCGCCUCGGUGGCUGAGUACACAGGUCCCAAGCUCUUCAAGGAGCCCAGCAGCAAGUCCAACAAGCCCAUCAUCCACAACGCCGUGUCCCACUGCUGCCUGGCCGGCAAGGUGAACGAGCCGCACAAGAACUCGGUCCUGGAGGAGCUGGAGAAGUGUGACGCCAACCACUACAUCAUCCUGUUCCGGGACGCCGGCUGCCAGUUCCGGGCCCUGUACUGCUACUACCCCGACACCGAGGAGAUCUGCAAGCUCACCGGCACCGGGCCCAAGGCCAUCACCAAGAAGAUGGUCGACAAGCUGUACAAGUACAGUUCGGACCGGAAGCAGUUCAGCCUGAUCCCCGCCAAGACCAUGUCGGUCAGCGUGGACGCGCUCACCAUCCACAGCCACCUGUGGCAGCCCAAGCGGCCCGCGGUGCCCAAGAAGACUCCGACGCGCAAGUGAGCUCGGCGGCCAGGGCGCCCAGGCCCGUGUCUGUUUCCAUCCUUUUGGGUACGGAGUGUGCAGAGUCACAGACCUUUUUUCGAGAGACUUCUGGACAACAGAGGACAACCUUCCCUUACUCCCCGUGCACAGGAUGCCAGGUGGAGCAGGGACGGAGGGAUGGAUGCCGGGGCCUGGCCACGCUCCUGUGGCCUCACUUCCCCGAGGCUGCCGGCGAGGGGUGUGUGUGUGACAGGAUUCCUUUUACUUGAAAUUCUUCAGUGUAAAUUAGAAGUGAUUGACGUUGCGUUCUGGCCUCUCGCCUCACCCCCUUUGCACAUGGGCGGGCCCCUCGUGUGGGCCUGUGGCCUGUGAGGUGGGAGGACAGGGACGGCCUCCGGUCAGGGUGUGUGAGUGUCUUCAGGAAGGGACUCGUCGGGGGGCUGUGUUUAUUCGGGAAGUCGUAUGCUAUUUAUUGAUUGUGUCUACUGCCAACGUUUAUAUCCAACUCUGAGAUUUCUGAAAACAGUUCUUGUCCCGUGCUGCUCAGAAAACGUUUACUGACGACACCGUUCCCUGAGAGCACCGAGGUGCAGAGCCCGCUGCGGCGGUGCGAACGGACACGGAGCCGCUUGCCUGGCUGGUCUGCACUCAGCAGCCCUCACGGAGCUUGGUGGUCUGAUGAUCUGUUCACUAAUAAAGAGACUCUGGUGAAGCAGAUGCUCCACUCAGCUGCGUCUCUGCAGAGGUGACGGCAUUGAGCUGGAGCUCCCUCACGUUUCUGUUGUCGAGUCGUCGCUGUGGCUCCUGCUCCGGCAGAGUGGGCUGGAGGGGGCGGUCCUUGGCCCACAGGGUCAUGUUUGCCACUCACAACCUGCAAGGGGUCCUGUGUGGUUUUCUUGGAGCCCCAAGCAGGGGUGGCUCUGGCACUCCUGGGCUGCGGCCGAGGCCCUCUGAGCCACAUUCCCUGGGCGCCGCCGUCACCCUUCACCUAGCACCUCUGCCACCCGCUCCGGCUGCUGGGAGACGCCGGAGUCUCGUGUUAGCUUUGCACACGCGUUCUCUGCAGUGUUACUUGAAUCUGUCUCGAACUGCAGAACUAAAUGGAAGGUUGGAGAUGACGUCAGAUGGUGUGACUGUC